AUGCUGAAGCAUGAUAUAAGAGCUGUCUCGAAAUCCAUUGCUACAAGGCUGGCAUUGUGGGACCGACUCCCUCACUACGCGGAGCACUUCUGCGACGUCUCGCUGCGAAGCACCGAUGGACGCAUCUUCAAGGCGCAUCGCCUCGUGCUCUCGAUGGCUUCUGAUCCCCUCUUUGCCAUGCUCAGCGGCAGCUUCGCAGAAGGGCAACAGUCGGAGGUGCCCUUUGACUACUCCGGUGAGGCGCUGAACGCCUUCCUAGAGUUCCUCUACAGAGGCACGUUCUGCGUCAAGAAGGCGAUUCUACCCGAGCUGUUGCGGCUGGUCCACCAGUGGGAGGUGCAGCCGCUGCAGGCAGCACUCAAUGAUCUGCUGGUGAAGCACAUGACUCCGGAGCUCUGCUCGUCGCUGAUCGUCGACUGCGAGGUCCUGCUCGUGGACAAGCUUGAUGAGAUGCUCGAGGGCUAUGUCCUGGAGAACUUUGGAUCGUGUGUGCGAACUGAGCAGUUCGGAUCUUGGCCGUUGCACCGGAUGAUUGGGAUUCUGCGCAGUGACGACCUGGUGGCCGAGCACGAAGAGGAAGUGUUGGCGGCUGUGAUGCACUGGCACCGGAGUGGCCCUGGACGCGAUGAUGCGACAGCAGCGCUACUUCAAAUGGUUCGCUUUCCGCUGCUCUCGGUGGCAGCUCUACAAGGCCUUGGCAGCCGGGAAGGUCUAACAGGCCUUCCAGGAGUUGUUAUGUCCCGCCUCGCAGCGGCUGCAUUGAAGGUGCACCAAGGCUGCCCACAGAGCGACUGCCAACGCUGGGACAGACCAGACAGCCACGAUGAGCAGGCGUCCUUCAUGAAAACCGUGAAGCUUCGCAAUGCAUACCCUUACUGGUGGGCGGACUUCGGCUGUUCCCUCCGUGGUGGCGGUGUCGUAGCGGAGCGAAGCGGCAUCGAGACGGAGGGCGAGUUGGAGCCCUGGGCCGUGCACAUUCAUGACCAGUCUCUUUACAUCAUUGAUGGCCGGGAGCCAUGCUGCGUGCUGCAGGUCCUGUCCAACGUGCGCUCAUGCGGGAAUAGUUUCUUUCAGGGAGAUCUUGUGGCGGCUGACCUCCUCUCCGGCCUGUAUUCAUCGCUCAAGGGCUCCGUCCUCGAGCUGUCUGAAUCUCUUCGAUGUGUCAUUGACAAUCCGAAGGACGAGGCAGUAGCUCAUGCGCAAGCUGAACCUGUUCGUGUGAGGCCGAUACUUCCGAGAGAGGUUCCCAGAAGCCUGGCAUUCUGCUUUCCCCAGGGUUUGCCGACUCGCCUAGUCGCCGAGCUCGAAACCCAAAUCCAUUUGGCAACAUCGCCGCACGUGUUAUUCCCAUCGCUCUUCAACUUCGCUUCUGGCUUUGAUGGUGGCGUGACUUCGUUUGCAGUCCUGCAACUUACAGAUCCAACGCUCGUAGGGGGUCUGUUGAUGCCCUUGUCUGCAUGGGACAUCGGUGCAGUGGUGAGCUCACGAGUCUGCGGAGCCCUCUGUGGCUCUAUGCUUCUGCUUUGCACUUCGAAGGAGCCUUCUUCACGAGACAUUCUUGUUUGGACUGCCGUGGGUCUCACGGCGAUCUCGCUCGGCACCUUUUUCGUCGCCGAUCGAAACACGCUGCUGGCACUUCGUUUCCUGUCUGGGCUUACAGAAGGGCUGUCGUCUCCCGCGAAGGCGGCAUAUGUUGUGGAGACGGUCGAGGCAGAGCUUCGGGGGCCUUCUAAUGGAAGCCGCUGGGCGGCCUUUGCACUGGGCUCCUGCGCCGGCGUAGCUGCUGGUGCGGUGUUGCAGCCCAUCGCAGGAGCAUGGCAGCUAAUGUUCGGUGCUGUUGCAGUUCCUUCCGUCAUCGCAGGGAUCGGCAUGGCAUCGCUUCCACACUCUCCGCGAUGGCUGGUACAUGGUUCCGAUGCUGCAAGCGCAGAGCGUCGGUCACUGGCCUUGGAAUCCUUGCAGACGCUGCGACCCUGCAUUGAUCCCAAUGAAAGACAGCUGGAGCUACAGAAGGAGCUUGACAUAAUCUGUCAAGGAAUGAGGGGAGACAAAGAGGAACCCGUACCCUUAAAUGUACGCGAGCUCUUUCAACAUCCUGCGACAGAGAUCAAUGCUCUCCUGACAUGUUUCAAGCAGGCAAAUGGGACUGUUUGCUUGACAACUUAUUUGGCGCCUGUGAUGGCGGCCAUGGGUUUCCAGAAUCAUCUCACCACGCUGGGUGUGGUACUGAUGACCGUCCGAUCAGUUGCAACGCCGAUGGGUAUUGUCUUGAUGGACCGCCUUGGCCGCAGAGGCAGCCUGCUGCUGGGAUGCCUGGGGUCUUCAGUCUCCAUGUCAACACUGCUCCUCUCGCACAUCUUAGGCAGUCAUGCAUCAACAGGCCUCAUGACCCUGUCUUUCACCUCCUUAGCAGCCUCUGCGGCAAUCUUUGAGCUUUGUUGGGCACCAACAUCUUUCCAACUCACCACUGAGCUUUACCCGCAGCGACUCCGGCAGCACGGCCUGGCACUCUCUCACGUCUUCAACUACGCCGUCAAGGCAUUGGAGAUGCAGGUGUUCCCCAUGGCCCUGGCCCUGGCCGGCCUCACGCCGGUCUUCACGGUGUUCGCCGUGGUGAACGCUGCUGGGUCUCUGGUCGUGUACCACACGGUGCCAGAAACCUGUGGUCGCAGCUUGGAGGAGUGGCCUCUGGGAUGCAACUGUGGCCACGUUGUCGUGGGCAGCGGCAGCACGCUGAACGGUGUCAACGAUUUCUCUGACAUCAUUGACAUCGCCAUUGAUGCAGCAGGGGAUCUUUAUGUCUUGGAUGGUCAGCACGGACGCAUCGUGAGGAUCCGUGACGGAGUGGGCGAGGUGGUUGGCGCCGGGAAGCUCUGCCUCGACGUCGGGACGCGCGCCCUGUACAUAGGUGCAGAUGGCUCCAUUUAUUUCAUUGACGAGAACGGCUCGCGUGUGCAGCGGUACUUUGAUGGCCAAACCACGUCUGUGGCCGGCCGCCCGGAGAGCGGCAGCGAAGCUUCGCAGCUGGAGGAUGCCGAAGACAUCUUCGUCACGCGCGAAGGAGUGCUGUAUGUGUCCGACAGCGGCAACAACCGCAUCCAAAAGUGGACUCCUGGAGCUACGGAGGGUGUGACGGUGGCUGGUGGCAAUGGCAAGGGCUCACGCCUGGAUCAGCUGCAGCAUCCUGUGGGCCUCCAUAUCACAGAGGAUUCCACCAUCUACAUAGCAGAUUACCAGAACCACCGCAUCAUGAAAUGGCGAGAAGGCUGGCAGCAUGGGCUGGUGGUUGCCGGCGGCCAAGGAAACGGUGAUGAGCUCUACCAGGCUCCGCAAAGAGUGAACAGGAUGGGCAGCAGUCUAUUGAGUCUCAUGAUCACUGACCAAUCUCGUGCAGGGUUCCUCUUUGCAAGUUUUGUGAAUUGUCGAGAGCUUCGUGUUUUCUGGCUGCGUGGCUCUCGACAGGAAAGUUCUCCCACACAUAUGCAAACAGUUCGAGUGCGUCCACAACAGGGCAACAGGCGUCAAGCACGAGAGCGGAAUGAAUGUGGAUGUAGCGCAUGA